AUGGAUACCCUCUCCCUCGCCGGCAAAGUAGCCAUCAUCACCGGAUCAGGUCGUGAGACUGGUAUUGGCGCAGGGAUUGCUACUGCACUCGCACGUAACGGUGCCUGGGUGGUGAUUAACCAUGUUUCGGAUAAGAGUGCGCCUCGAGCUGCUAAGGUGGCCGAAACGUUGAACCAGAAUACUGUCGGGAAAGCGGUUGUUGUGCAGGCGGAUGUGUCGUCACCAGAGGGCGCAAAGAUGCUUGUUGAGGAAGGGUUGAGAUUGUUUGGUGUGGACCAUGUUCAUAUUUUGGUAAAUAAUGCUGCAAGUGGCAGUGUCGAACCGUUCCUCAAAGCAUCCCCCUCUUUCAUGGAGGGCAUGUUCAAAACAAUUGUUUUCGGACCAGUAUACAUGAUCCAAGCCGUCAUCCCUCACAUGCCUCGCGGCGGACGAAUCAUCAACACGGGAAGUGUCGCUUCCAAAGUCUGCCCGGGUCCCGUUCCGAUUUAUUCAGGCGCAAAAGCAGCAGUGGAUGCAAUGACGUUCGGGAUGUCGAUGGAACUGGGACGCGGAUAUGGAGUGACUAUCAACACUGUGAUGCCGGGUGGCGUGGCGACUGAUGCAUUGCCCAAGGAGGUUAUGGAGAAGCUUCAUCAGCCCUUAAUUGCCAUGACGAGGGCUGAAGAGAGGAUCGGGACGAUUGAGGAUAUUGGCGAUGCGGUAUUGUUGCUUUGUAGUGAAAACAGUCGAUGGAUCACGGGCCAGGUUAUUAGUGUAAGCGGUGGUAUCACGGGUGGUUGA